CUAGCUUAAGCCUUUGUGUACAUGACGGCGCCGCGUACGCAAACGACGGUGCGGAUAGACAAUGUGCAUCCGUCCAUCACAAAGGAUGUUCUUCAUGCCAUGUUCCUGCCAUUUGGUGAGAUUGUUGAAGUCGAGUACACGGAAGACUUGAGCGACACGAAUACCACGAAUGCUGAAGACGCGCUAGUGCGCGCUCAACGACUAGAACUGGCGCAUGGCAACAAGACAAAUAGCCGUGUUGCGCAUAUCGAAUUUGAAGAAGCUGUCGAUGCUGCUGCUGCGUUGGACAACAUGGAUCAAGCGGAAGUUUAUGGGCAAAUUUUGCGGGUAACGCCAGCGAGUGCCAUGCGGUCAGAUAGUCUUGUGCAGGGACUUGGAAGCGAUGUGCCGAUCUGGCAGCAAGAAGCGUUUCUCCAGCGACAACAGCAGGGCCAGGGAGAGGAUGAUGCUAUGACUGGGUUGGAGAGCGACGCCCGGCGGCAAGGUGAUCUGCCUUCGGCUCCUGUCGGUCCGCUGCCUGCUGGAGAAUGAAACAUUACGCUCUGCAGCGCAAUCACUACUGGACUGUUCAUCCUGAAUGAUUAUUUGCAGCGGUUGGCAAAUUGGCUCGCCCAAAACAUGUCCUCCUCGAAUGAGCUGCUUGAGGCCGCCAGCUUUUUCUGAUCUUGGGCAACAGUACUGAAGGCAUCUUGACUACAUCAUCCGCCUCUGGUCUACUGCAAGGCCUGUGAUACAGGCGUGUCUUUAUGCCGUGUUGAAGGUUGGUGGCAUCUGAAGUCUUCAUCAGGCUUGGUUGCCAGGCGAAGUGACGACCUCGAGCAAAUCUUAUCAUACGCUUCAUAGUCAAGAG